AUGAUGUUAGUAUCUGGAGAAUCAUUAGAAGCUAAAAGAAAUCUCUUGCACUCUUUGUUUUAUGAGAGUUUAUUCAGGGAAGAACAAAGUUCUAACACCAAUGAAGACCUUGAUGAUAAGGUUGUGAGUGAAUUGCUUACGUUUGAAGAUAUGAUCCGUAGCUUUCAGCGGAUAAUUGAACUGAAAUAUGGUGUGAGAAUACGAUACGAGCCAAAAUUCACGAUAGAGAGAGAACCGAGCGGAGUCGAUAAGCAUGAUGAACAAUGGAUCGAACAAGUCAAUGAACUAGUGAAAAAUGUUGAUUUUAGGAAAGAGCUAAUAGAGAAAUACGAGGUUUCUUUAAUUGAAUCACGUAUGAUGCUCAAGGAAACGUUGAGCGAUGCGUUGCAAAGUAAACUCAUGGAACGUAGAGGCAGUACAACUUCCAUUGAUUCUGAUUUGAACAGGUCAGAGAUAGAUCGUGACGGAAGCACAAACGGCAUACAGCUACCGAAUACAGCCACUAAUAUCAAGGGUAAGACGUUACAAGUAAACAAGAAAAUCACGUCUAAUCUACUUCGUACGAACCAAAUCUUACGUAGCAGCGUGUUACAGAGCGAAUUGAAUAUCGAUGAGUUGAAACAACAGACGGAUACCUUAAUGUUAGUGAAUGAUAAGUUUGACAGGUUCAAGGCAAUGUCACAGGCUUCAACAAAACUCAUUAAAGCCAUUAACAACAGCAGCUAUCAAGAGAAACAAAAAGUGUACGCCGCAAUUGCAUUUUUCUGUGGUUGUAUAAUGUGGGUUCUAUGGAGAAGAAUAUUCAAAUAUCCAGUUAAAUUUACCUUCUGGCUAUGUUUCAAAUUCUUCAAAUCGCUACUAUACACUGUAGGGAUAGUGAAAAGUUCUGUGUCCCCAAAUCAAGCUUCUUCCAGCUCCACAGUGGUUUCUGCAAUUUCCUCAGUGACAGAUACUAUUUUAGACCAAGCUUCCUCCUCAACAAGUCUUCUGAAGGAGGUAUUGUCACAAACAGAAACAGAACUCACAUCAUCUCUAGAUGUAUCUCAAGCAAUCAGCGAUAGUUUCGAUAAGCUAAUGGACGAGUUAUGA